AUGAAGAUCCUGAAAGGAACCUUCGGUCUUGGAUCAUUCCGAGAGAAUCAGCUUGAAGCUAUCCUGGCAACAUUGACCGGUCUCGACGUCUUCAUACUCAAGCCAACUGGUGGUGGGAAAUCUUUGUGUUUCCAAGUCCCAGCUCUCUGCGUUGGCGGGAAGACGAGAGGUGUUACUAUUGUCAUUUCACCGUUGACUUCGUUGAUGAUGGAUCAAGUCAAAUGGCUUCUGUCCAAGGGAGUCGAUGCUGUCUUGAUCACUCAUGACCAAAUUGUACCUGAGCAGGAACCGAGCAUCUGGCAGAGACUGAAUGGCCCUGAUACGAAACCCAAACUCAUAUUUGUUACGCCUGAAAAAAUGGCCCAGAAUGCAGACUUGCGGCAGGCCCUUCGCUAUCUCUACAAGGAACGGAUGCUAGCUAGAUUCGCAGUAGAUGAAGCUCAUCUCCUUGGGACAUGGGGAAGAGACUUUCGUGAUGCGUAUCAAUGUCUCAAAAACCUCCGCAGAGACUUUCCUGACAUUCCAAUCCUUGCCCUCACUGGGUCCGCGACGAAUGCGGAUCAAGAGCAUAUUCGACGUACUCUUUGCCUCAAACCUAACCAUGUUUUCCUCGCCGAGUCUUUCAACAGACCAAACCUCCACUAUACGGUCCUACCCAGGCCGGGAAGGAAUUUCACAAAAGUUAUUGCAAGUUAUAUCAAAGGUUCGCAUCCAAAGCAAGCUGGCAUCGUAUACUGCAUUGGACGCUCUACAUGCGAGAGGGUAGCAGCGGAGCUGAGAGGUUAUGGGCUGAGCGCUAGCCAUUUCCAUGGUGCCAUGCUUGAUAGCGAGAAGCAAUACACUAUGGAGAGUUGGCUCUCUGGUGAGAGCGAUAUUGUUGUUGCAACGAUUGCCUUUGGUAUGGGUAUACAUAAGCCCAAUGUCCGCUUCAUAAUUCAUCACGGUCUCCCAUCGUCCUUGACAAACUACUACCAAGAGACAGGAAGAGCUGGCAGAGAUGGCCUGCCUGCCGACUGCAUUCUUUACUACUCAUGGAAAGAUUGUGCAUUCCUUCUCUCACGUAUACAAGACAAGCCCAACCUGAGGGAAGAAGAUCGCCAACGUCAAUUACAUGAAGUUGAGCAGGUCAUACAUUUCGUUCUGAACGAGACAGACUGCCGCCGUGUACAGAUUCUUCAGCACUUCGACGAGCAGUUCAACCGACAUGCUUGCAAUGGGACUUGCGACAACUGUGCAGCAAGUUAUACAGUCGUUGAGAAGGAUAUGUCUCAUGAGGCGAUGAGUUUGGUCAAGUUCCUGCUCGACGCCAUGGCACUCUACUCCAAGGUCACCAGGAAUCAUCUCAUUCAUGCCUUUAGAGGGGGGAAGUUGAAGCAAAACGAAGUGUUGCUUGGCUCACUUUCUGGCUAUAGGCUUGGUAAGAAGACAUCGAAGGCACUGGUCGAGCGGGUAUAUGACGAGUUGAUUGGCAUGGGGGUUAUCCUCCAGAAGACUGAACAAACUAAUGGACCGUAUCCGGCACAAUACUCUUAUGUACGUUUAUCAGUUGUUUGCCACCACGACAACAUCUGA